GAUUUGACUCCUCAGAAGCCAAUUGACUAGGGCAGGAUUGGAAGACAAUACACUGCAGAAGAUACAUCUCUGCUGGCAUUUUAGAGAAUGGAAGACCAAAGGGAAGUUCAUCAAGAUUACCAAUCAGAAAAAAUGGAAAUCUUAAAGUUGGCCCAGUCAAAGAGGAACAUUAUCAGUCUGAACACGGACCUUGAAAAGGACAUGCAGAGGAUAGAUGAAGCAAAUCAGGAGCUGCUUCUCAAAAUCCAAGAGAAAGAACACGAGAUUCAGAAGUUAGAAAUUGAGAUCACCCAGUUGGGAGACUCAGCAAAAGAGGAGGAGUGGGAGAAAGACAACUUCUCUGUGCUGGAAAAUGAAAGAGCCUUGCAGAAGCUGGAAGAAAAGACAGCCAGACUUGAAAAGAAGAACGAGACUCUGGUCCAUAGUAUAACAGAACUGCAGAGAAAGCUUGCAAAGAAAUCACACAAGACAACCAAGUGUGAACAAUGCGAUCUGGACAGAGCCCCUGAGGAGUUGGAGGUUAAGUUACACCAGUUGGAAUCUUCCUGUGUAGACCAAGAAAGGAAACUGGUCAAGGUAAUAGAAGACUACACAUUCGUAGUGCAGCUCUGUGAAGACCAAGCCCUCUGCAUAAAGAAGUACCAGGAAACUUUGAGGAGAAUAGAAGAAGAGCUAGAGACUCGAUUCCUUGAGAAAGAAGUGUCAAAAGUCUUGAGCAUGGAGUCUAAGAGGAGAAAGUGUGAAGGCCAGAAUAGUGAGUGUACUUCUAUCACCGAAAUGGCAACAUGGUUGGGUAAAAGGAUUUUUCAUUGUCUCUUUUUCAUCAUCCUAUUUUUGGUCAGACUGCUGGGAUACAUGCUCUUGCACAUAAUUUUUAUCAAUCCAGAUCUCCUUGUCAACACCCUGCCAAAGAUACUGAGCAGAAGCAACUUGUGGAAGCUGCGAUGUUUCCUUUUUCCAUCUCUCACUCUUGAGACAGAGGACCUGUUGCCUCACUGACUCCAAGAAGCAUUGUUGGCCUACAGGAGGCAAGCUGGACCACAGCUGUGGAUGGGAGAUGUCGGAGACUGUGGAAGACAAGAUGCUCUUCAGUUUCUCCCUUGAGCAUUGUCUAUCAGAUGGCUUCCU